AUGCCCAAGCCUGUUCAGCGAUGGAGCAGCAAGACCCCCUUUUAUGUCAUUCCUGUGAAGUACUCGCAAAACGCCACUCCUGUCUGCCCUCCAGAAGAAUGCAUCUACACUAAACACUUAUGCCUGGAUGGGAGGCAAAUACACUUGGAAAUUUAUGACCCGUGUUCACAGCGGGGGAAGCUCUGCCUCGCAGAUGAGCUCCACUGGGCUGAUGGAUUUAUCAUUGUUUAUGACAUCAGUGACAGAGCAUCAUUUGCCUUUGCAAAAGCAUUGCUGUACAGGAUCCGGGAGUCUCACAUAGGAGCUUGUAAAAAAGUGGUCGAGUCAUCAGUACUUUUGGUUGGUAAUAAACAGGAUUUGUGCCACAUGCGGGAAGUUGGCUGGGAUGAAGGGCAGAAGCUGGCAAUGGAUAACAAGUGCCAAUUCUGUGAACUGUCUGCAGCAGAACAUUAUCAGGAAGUUGUGGCAAUGUUCAUGAAAGUCCUGAGGAAUAUCACCUCAAAUUUCAAAGCGAAGGAAAAGAGACGACCAAGUGGAUCAAAGUCAAUGGCCAAGUUAAUCAACAAUGUGUUUGGAAAGAGAAGGAAAUCUGUGUAAGAGAUGGCUAGUCUUGAAGUAGGAACAAGCUGAAAUACUGGAGAACAGGCAGCUCUUGGGAUUCAGACAAUUUCCUCCACAGGUCAAUGUCUGGAGGAGUAAGACAGUAGAAACUAAAGGUGAGAGAUAGUUUGGUCAAAUGGACAGGAUCUAGACCUAGAAGACCUGACCUUCUAUUUCCAGUUCUACUACAGAUUUACUGUGUUAGGGCUAUGUCACUUAAAUUCUAAAAUGCUCCUCUCACCCCCUAUCUCAUAAGUUCUUCAGAGGAGAGUUUUUUGUCUGUGUUUCUUCAACACCAGCAUGGUCUUGGGUAGAGCUGCUAGGUGCAACUGAAGUAUAACUAGUUAUUUCCAAUAAACUCAGGCUUGCUG